GAAAAAGCCAUUUUAAUUGUAAUCUGACAGUCGGAUUUUUUUUUUCUGUACUUUUCUAGACAAUGAAUAUUCAAGGUGAUAUUUAUUUAUCAAGUUAUAAUAAACACCACUUGAUGUUCGUGAUAAAUAAACGAGGAUCAUGCUAUCAUGAUAAUACGAAUUACAAAUGUACAUUUAUAAUUACUCGGAAAUCAAAGGCUCUUCAUGCAUAUGUUCAUUGAACUGUGAAUAGUGUUCUCCGAAGAGGUCUCAGUAAAAGAUGUCCUGUCUCAUAAGAGUUUCGGAGGGAAUCCUGGAAGGGAAGCUGUGUAACACAUACUAUGGAAAACAAUACUACAGUUUUGAGGGCAUCCCAUAUGCGAAACCGCCGAUAGGAGACCUAAGGUUUAAGGCUCCAGUGCCACCAGAAAGUUGGACAGGCAUCAGGGACGCUAAGAAGCCGGGGGAGAAAUGUCCUCAGAUGAAUCCAUAUGGAAAAGCAGUUGUAGAAGGUUCUGAGGACUGUUUGUACCUAAACGUGUACACGCCGAGCUUGCCAGAUGAAAAAAAUCAAAAUUUACCGGUAAUAUUUUUUGUGCACGGCGGCAGAUUGGUCCUGGGCUAUGGAGACUAUUACAAACCGGACUAUUUAAUAAGAAACGACGUCAUUCUGGUGACGAUAAACUAUAGACUGAACGUCUUUGGAUUCCUGUGCUUAGAUAUCCCCGAGGUCCCGGGGAACGCCGGGCUUAAAGAUACAAUAAUGGCCUUGAAGUGGGUUAAGAGGAAUAUCAGACAUUUUAACGGAGAUGAUAACAAUAUUACAGCGUACGGAGAGAGCGCUGGCGCCGCCGUAGUGUCAUCGUAUCUGACGUCCAAAAUGGCGGGAAAUUUGUUCAAUAAAGUCAUCUGUCAAUCGGGCGUGUCUGUGUCGGACCUGUUUAUAAUGAUGAGCGACGAUCCGGUGACCAAAGCCAGCGAAAUAGCAAAACAUUUGGGGCAUAGUGUGACAGAUAAAGUGGCCUUAUAUGAAAUAUUGAGAAGUGCGCCAGUGGACGAUCUCGUCAGCGCCUUCGUGAGCGCCGAGAUGAGUCGCCCGCCGGCUGUGAUUCACGCGUUCCUGAUGCCGGUCGUCGAAAGGCACUACGAUGGUGUCGAGCGAUUCUUCGACGAGCUGCCGCUGGUUGCGUUCCGCGAGAACCGGUUCCGUAAAGUGCCGAUCAUAGUCACCAUUAAUUCUAUGGAGUCCGCUUUAUUUGUGAACAAAGAUGGCGACGGUGGUAUAAUUUAUGAAGACCUCAAAUAUUACAUACCGAGUUUCUUGCAAAUGGAUCACGGGACUGAGAGAGCGUCGCGGUUCGUAACCAAGCUACGGGAUUAUUACUUCGGGGACAAGAGUCUUGAUGAGAACGUCAAAAUUGACUACCUUAAUUUAACAUCGGACCAUUAUUUCGCAAGGGACACGAUGUUGUUCGUGGAACUGGUGUCCAAGUACCACAAAGACAUAUACAUGUGUAGAUUCGAUUAUAAUGGAAACGUAAAUACAAGUACGAUCAGAAAUAUGGGCCUCCAGGGAGCGUCGCACGGAGACCUCGUGCAGUACGUAUUCUAUAGGAGCAGUAAGUUGAAAGUGGCCAGUGAUAGUGAUGUGAAAAUAAUCGAUAUGUUGACGGAGGCUUGGUGUAAUUUCGUUAAAUCGGGCCAACCAUAUUGGAAAACUCAGCAAACAAAAUGGCUUCCAUAUAAUAAUGAAGAGAAGUUAUGCCUCAAUAUAGACAACCAACAAAUAGAGGUCAAAAAAUAUCCCAACUUCGAUAGAAUACAGUUUUGGUUUGAUAUAACGGGUCUGAGGGCGAAGUUGUGAAUUUUUGGACGACGUAGCUUAGGCUAUAUGUCACGGAGCUGAUUGGCGACAUUAAUUUUUUUUGUAUUUUAUAGAAAAACGAACAAAUAAUUUGCAACCAACAUUCCAUAAACUAUCAAAUUUCUCAAUUUGUACCAGAACAGCCAACGAAACAAGAUAAAUUUUGUAAACUUAUCAAUUUAUUACAUUGUAAUAAAUAUUUUAAUUAUUUGUCACAUACAUUACGUUCAGCGACUUUGUUGUGAUAUUUGUAGGGUCCAGGUUCUCCUUGAAGAUCUUCUAUCAGGUUUUAUCCUCUCGCGUGACAUUCUAUACUUAUUAGGCCCUCUUGUCUUUUGAAUCCCAUUGGUUCUUAUAUUUUCCUAUCAUCACCAGCCUCAAAUUCCUACAGAACCCUCGUUAUCUUCGGAUGUAAUCAGCUGUUCCUCGAAUCUUCCACAGAUAAUGCUGAAUAUGGUGACGUGGUCACAUCUCGGGGUAUACAAAGAUUGUACUAAUAAUGUAACCUGAUGUUUAUUGUCUAGUAGGCUGGGUUUGUGCUUUGUGCUUGGUUCAGUCAGUAAUAAAGUUAUAACCUUUUAUAGCUGCGUAUAGCUGUGUUUGCUUGAUAAUUGAUAUUCUUAGCUAGUUGAGGUUACUAUAUAGAACUAUAACGCAAUAUUAAACCUUGUUAGCUAGCAAAAACUCCAUUCCGAGCAGUUUUCCGUUAGCCAGUCUAUAUUUACCUAUUGGCCGGGCUUGAAUUUAAUUUGGUACUAAUUAGUCCGUUUACCGUACGUGGCUACAUGAUUCCCUCCUAAAAGUAACUUCGUCUGUCUGUCCGUUACGUUUUCGCGACUAAACCGCGAACCGAUCUUGAUAAAUUUUGCUUUUGAGAUAGAUGGAAGUUUGGAAGAGGCUACCUUUGACCUCGAUCUCGAUCCCAACACCACGCGGGCGGAACCAUGAACUGCAGACGGUUCAGUGAUCGUAGUGACAGAGAACAACUCCAAUGUUCACGCGAGUUCGCUAUAAUUUUCUGCAUUUUUUCGUCUGAUUAACACAACUUGGUGCAUAAAAUAGCUCAUAAACCACCAACCAUCAGUUAAAUGCGUGUAUUUAAAGUACUCAUUAAUUCCGUUUUCACCAUCAAUUACAUAGUUUUCAACAGGAAAGUACUUGAAGUACUCUCGUGUGAUAUUCCAAUAGGAAUGACCUUAGAAAAUGUAAGUCCAAACUUUUUAAUAAUAACCAAAGGAUUUAUAGACCCGUGUUUGUUUACCUCGUUUAUCUUGUUUCGCUGGCCGUGAUACACAACGUCAUCUGAUUUCAGAUUAUAUAUAUUUUUUUAUUGAUAUAGUAAAUAAUGUCUGUCUAUGUUACUUAAUAGUUUUAUACGUGAAAUAUAAAAAAUCGGUGCAACUAACAUACUAUGAAUAAAUAAUAGUUCAAAGAGAACAUGCGCUGCCUUAUGUUUAGCUUUUAAGUUGUUAAGUAGAAAAUGUUAAGGGACCAGAGGAUGUAUUGUUUGGUUUAAAAGACAAACGGGAAACUUUAUUAAGAGACAACAAAUAUUUACGAAUAGAAAACUGUUACUUAAUAUAUGUAUAUAUUUAGCAUACACACGCACACACACACGCGCUCACACACAGACGCACACACA